AUGGAAAAUUUGACUGUUUAUGCAACCGAUUGUGAUUUGUACAUUGUAUGGCUAGUUCAUCCAUUUGCUUCAUCAAGCAAUCUUUUUGCUUUUAGUGAUAUCCAUUAUAAUGAUACAGUUUAUUAUGCAUAUUCACAAAUGGUUGUUAUAUAUAAUCCAGUCAAUAUCCCCACAACGGCUUCCCAAGUUAAUACUCAAAAUGAUAUCUUCUUUAAUUGUCUUUUGAAAGCAAUUUUGACAGGUAUAAUGACAAGAGGUCAUUUCCAUUACAAAUUAUCAAGUGACUAUUAUCCAGAACCUUAUUGUCAGUUAACGAAAAAUGGUGUUCAAUUCACAAUUCUUACAACACCAUAUGCUCAUCGUCAUGGAAAACAUUUCUUCGGCCAAGAAUGGUUCGUUGGUGAUGACAAUGUAUGCCCAUCUGGAAUCAUCAUGGACCCAUCAUCAUAUCAAAGACCGAGCACAGCAAUCUAUGCUCAGGAUAUUUCAUGUCCAUUUAGCCUCCAACAAACAGGUGUUCCAUUCAUAAGAUUUACUGAAGUUACAAUGGCAAUUCUACUUGAUUCAGGUAACUUUGAAGUCGAUUGGAGAUAUGGAAAACCAUUAAUCUAUGGUAAUAAGGAAUAUAUCAAUGGUGAAUAUAAUUUGAAUUGGCCUUUAGGACCGCCAUAUUCAACCCUUCCAAGUUAUUAUUUCUCUCGUCCAAAUGUUACUUUGGAUGGUGCUUCAUUUGAAUUCAAAACAUGGGGAGCUCCAUCUUCUGACAGUGGAAAUUGCUCACAAAGUAUUAUCUCGUCCAAUUUCCCUGAUUAUUGCAGUGCUCAAUCAUAUUACAAUCCAUAUAAUUAUCAAACAUUUGGUCUUGAGGAGCUUGGGUAUUUACUUUUAAAGGGACAAGAUAAUUAUUGCCCUGAUGGAACAGCUACAAUUCCAGGCUUGACCUAUUAUUCUAAUGAUGACUGCGCAGUUUAUCAUUGUGCUGAUGAUUAUCAAUCAUUCACGUUGCAAAUACUUUUGAAUCAGGCCACAAAAGAAUAUGAUACAUUGAAUUGCACACAUGAUGGACAGACAUAUACAUAUGAUAAAUGGUACUCAGGCUUCUAUCUCACAAGAACGCUUGUUUGUCCACCACCAGAAGCAUUCUGCAGAACUUUAGAAGGAUAUGAUAAACUAUAUCCAAGUAAUCCAUUCCAAGAUGUUAUAUUCCCAACUCCAACUCCAUUUGCUACACCAAGAAUCACACCAAAAGAAACACCAGUUAUGACACCAGCAUUGACACCAAAGAAUACUCCUGUCGAAACACCUCGUUUUACUCCAAAGAUAACUCCAAAAAGUACUCCAUUCAAAACACAGUAUCAAACUCCACAUAGUACUCCAUUCGUAACUGUAUUUGAGACUCCAAGAUUAACUGCAAAGGAGACUCCGUUCAAAUCACCAUUUUUGACAGCAAAAAUAACACCAUUUUCCACUCCGAAGUUAACACCUCAUUCAACACCUCAUAAUACACCAGUGAUAACACCAAAAGAAACUCCAUUAUCAACACCGUGCUCAUCAAAUAUUGAAUCUGCACAUAAGGAAGUUUAUAAAAAACAUAAUAUGGGAGCUUUUAUGGGCUUUGCAUACUUUGCGCAAUAA